AUGCCAAAGUCAAAACCUCUCAAGUUCCUCAAGAGACAAGAUAAUUUGCAAGGUGUAGGUGCCACCUCCACACAAGCAACCGAAUGUCCAACGCGUGAAGUUACUAACCCGCCACCCAGCCUUGUACUACCUUUUCCGCCACAAGUCAAGGCCGAAGAUUUGUUGGAUUGUGGGACUCGCCAGCUUCCUUCGAAGCCGCCAAAUGCAUUCUUCAUCUAUAGAAAAGUUUACACUAAAGAAUUGAUCGCUCAAAAUCUUAGGUUCAAAAUGACAGACGUUUCCCCCUGGGUGUCAAUGUCUUGGAAACGCGAGUCCGAGGACGUGAAGAUGAAAUACAAAGAGAUUGCGAAGGAAGUUCGCCAAAUUUACAAAAAAGCAAAACAGGAUAAUAUCAAUGACAUGGAGGGGUUGUCCGCCGAAAUCGCUUCUACGCAAUUCGGUAAUUCAUCAUUUCCCACUCCGUCUCUCACCGACUCUCAGUCGUCGACUCCAGAACUAAACCAGGACCUCUAUCAGUCACCGACUCCAGAACUAUCUCAGGACCAGGACCUCUAUCAAUUUGGAUUGUCCUUUCAAUCUGACUUACAAGCCGCUCUCAAUGGGCGAGAUCUCGACUUUUUUGACUGUUCGUCGAUGGAACAUUUCCAAAUCACCAAUCCCCUCGGUCUCAUUUCCUUCCAGCCACAGGACGUCCCCUCUACCUUUUGGCAAGGGAAUGACAAUUGCAACGGAGGUCCAUCCACUGGCAUGACCGAAAUCUCUGAUGACCUAAUUCAACAUCCUGACUACGCUGGACUCGCGCACCAAAAUUUAGAUAAUUAUUUUCAAUUCGCCGACUCUCAGCAAUUUGACAUCGAACAAAUCUGGAACUUCCAAGAGAACCUGGAUUUCUUGUUUGAUGACAUGAAUCAACCAUCCCAGUGGUCAACAGGCGUAGAUCAAUGA